UGGGAAGAACGGUGUAAUUAGGGUUUCCUCUUUCCAAUGUUCCCCGAAUCAGUUGAGUUGAAGACGACGAUGGAGACCGAACACGACAUGAUGGAGGCUCCCGGGGAGGCGAUCAGCUCAUCUCUUGGAAAGCGCAAGGCGGAUGCCCAAGGCGAAAGCAGCGGAGAUGAAUCCGGUGGCAGUGAAAGCAGCGGUGAUGGCGAGAUCGGGGAAGGAGGUUCUUCAUCGGACGAACUCACGGCGGAGUCUGGAUCUUCUUCUCCGACGGAAAACAAAGUCGACGAUUCCCAUAAAUGGGAAUGGGGGUACGAUAGCUUCGAUGAUCUCCAGUACGAGUCUCCUCCUGAAGACGUAUUCUCCGACGAGGAGUCUAGUCAGAAGUACCGUGCAUAUAUUAAGCAGUAUUUCGAACACAGGGGAUUUUACAUUGACCCAGAAAACAUUUUUCCGGGACAAAUUGGAGGAAUCUUUCCAUACCCUGAUGCAGAUCUGGACACUGAUUAUGCAAAGCCAGGGAAAACCGAACGACAGCACGCUGCAGAUUUGUCAAAGGAGGCUCUGCAAAUGUACAACAAGAUCAAUGGAACCGAUGUGACGCUUGAGAGAGUGGUUAGAGUGAACAUGGCGUGGGGAUUUAAAGUGAAAUCGUACAUCACCAUUUUGGCCAAGGAGAAUCCUGAUGAACCAUCGGUGGAGUACCAAGUGAUGACAAAACGGAGGAUUAAGCAGAAGGAUCGACCCAUUUUUUGCAGGCCAGCCCCUUCCAAAUGAAAAUGGCCGCAGUUAGGAGGAUAGGAGUUUACUUGCGAGUUGUCUCUAGGAUCAUCCUGAGAGUUGUUUGUGUCGAAACUCGAAAUAUGCAUAUCUGAUUGCAUAUGAAUUUACUAUUUUAAUUCCGUGAGAGAACACUUCAUAUAUAAAAGAAGUAUGGACUAUGGAGUAUUAUAG